CGGUUCGAUGUGAGGGGGGCUCGUAGGCAGUGGUGGGAACGGAGAAAAACCUGGUUUAUGGUGCGAAAAUUGCUGACAUUUUUUCUAGCUCCCAGGGCGUUGGGGGAGGAAGGAAGCUCCCCAACAGCGGGAAGAAGAUCUGCAGAUUCGGAAAGAGAACGAGCGGAACGAGGAGGAAAAUUUCUAGAUUUUUAGGUGUUUGGAAUGGAUGGAUUCGACGAGAAGGAAUUCGGACGGAGAAGAUGCCACAGGAAAACAAAUCUGAUCCAGUAAUUAUGAAUUACAAAUCGUGAAACUAGAAAGUGUGUCAUGUCAUGAAAUGAUGAUCUUUAAUAUUGGAGCUCAGCUGCCAGUAUUAUGAUUAGGCUUCCUGAUCCUAGCAAUCCGAUCAGAAUCAUAAACGAUGCGCUCCCGGAAUCAUGAUCCAAUGCAUUGAAUGAGGAUCGGAUUUUGAUUUCCAAGAUUGUGAUUGCAGUUUUCGGAUUUUGGAGUCCAGCAGGAGCAACAGUGGCUGCUGGCAGCAGUACACAGGGAGAGUGAGCAGUGAGAUACACAAAAAAGGGUACACACAGACAGAGCCGCACACAGAAAUCGACCGAGGGAGCAACACAAAUGAGCAGACGAAGAAUUGAGCUCACACAGUAGUCCAUUGGUGGCCCCCGUAGUUUGUGUGUCGUGGUUUCGAUCGGUGAAAAAUCCUGACAGCAGGACGGGGUUCCUGAUAAUUACACCAACUGUGAAAUUUCCCGUGGAAAAGAGUAGAAUUCGUGUCGUGGCAGUGGCCGAUUCUAGCGUAGUUGCAGUUCGGAAGGAUAAGCAGGCCAUGACUUGACCGACAUUACAGCAAGCAAGUGAGCUGGAAGAUUCACCAAAGUAGGCUAGCAAAUGGAACCAGCAGAAGGUCAAUAUUCGAUUUGAGAGGAAAAAUCCCAUCCAGGUUGCAGUGAAAAUUGGAUUUUCCUCGCAUUCCACCUCAUUCCCAAAUCCUCCCACUUCGACGAUUUCCCGUUGGUGUACACGAUCUUAGGUGUUUUCUUUGAACGCGACACAACGCAGUGCUCGGUGUGACAAGUGCAAGUGCAUCGGAAGCUUAGCGAUUUGAAUCUCCCCCGGAGGAAAAGAAAAAGAAGAAAAGCUGAUUUUGGAGUUUUUGGAACACAUUUUCGGGCAUCCGAUUCUUCGAGGAAGAAACCCCGCAAAGGCCAAAGUGAAUUUCGGCAGGGAAAAUUACACAGUGCAGUGCAGAAGAAUAGGUCAGAAGAAAAAUUCGGGUACCCAAGAUAACAUCAUCCUCCUGGUGUGGCGAUUGCAUGUUUAGGUGUGUGCGUGCGUUCGUGCGUGCGAGUGCCAGUGGGAAAACCCGGAGAGCGUCCCAGUGAGCGGGUGAUCCCCUAAUCUCAACCCCGAGAAAGGACGGCUGCUAGUAGUAACACACGACAUCAGUGAAGAAACGGAAAACAAGCCAACUAGGAUCGAAUCAAGUGAGGAAAACUCACUCUCAGUCAGCCACAUACGUACACAGACAGCCACGUACGUGUCGUAUCCUCCACCCCAUUUGGGAGAGAAAGUAGUGGUGAGCAGCGAGAGACCGUGAGCAGCGCAAGUGAGCGACACGAGCGAAUUAGCGCGCCCCUGGUUUGCCACUUUGCCACACUCGGGGUCUCGGUGCGUUUCGCACAGUGUAUGUGUGCGUGCGUGCCUGCGUGCACGUGUGUUUGUGCCGAGUGUGUGUGCGUGCGCGACACCACCAUCCAAGAAGAGGAGGAGGGUUGACCCGAAAUCGGGAAAACGCGGACAACAGGAGACAGGAGGAGCAGAAGCAGUUUGUGCAGUCCAGGCGUCUCUUCAGGCGUCGUCGUGCAACAACGGACCACAACAGGACGAGCAGCGCUAAAAUGCCCCGAUGUUAUUAGGAGAGUGACAGGUGUGCACAGACUGAAUGCACCAUUGAAGAAGACAGCGAACAUCGUAGAGAAUAACCCAACCAAUCGAAAACAACAAGAGAACCCGGACAAACCCAAAAUCCCCUAGGAUUGAUGGCCAGGACGCCAUUCUGAAAGUUUCCGGCAUUUCCCGUUGCAAGAGAGCUAGCGAGCCUAGCCAGUAAUCAAUCAAAAAACAAACCGUGCGUGUUGCACACGCAGGCGUGUAACGUUGUAGUAGUGUGGUGUAGUGGAGCAGAGCAGAAGUAGUAGUGGUGUGGUGAGAGUGACACGAGAAGCGCCUUUCUCCUGGCUGCGGGCAGACAGCGACAGCAAAGCGUUUAACCGUUCUGAAGAUAACUCCGGCGAGCAGUUUUAGUCAAACCAGUAAUAACUUAAACCUAUUGAAGAAGCAAACAAAGAAAACAGAUACUACUUAACUAUUGUUUAGUCGUCCCUCACUCACACACAAGCAUACCUUAGCACUUACACAGUCUACACACGUGAAUCUAUAAUAUUAUAACUUAUAAGAAUUGUAUCGAAUUGGAGUAGUAAUUGUAUAACACGCAUACAAACCACACACACAGAUUGCAAGAUGUCUUCGCAACCGCCAAAUCAACAACAAUCAAACAAUGCAACACCACAGCAGCAGUCGGGCGGCGGAUCGGGAACCGGCGGGAACGACCGGGUCAUCGACAGUGUCCUGUUUCCGCCGAAACACAAACUCACGAUCGCCGAGGUGUUCGACUCACAUACCGGCAAGCCCCGUCCGGACGUCCUGAAGCAGCACUUCAUCCUGGAAGGUCGGAUCGAGGAGAAUGCCGCCCUGCGGAUCAUCCAGGAGGGUGCCGCGAUCCUGAAGGCCGAAAGCACGAUGAUCGACAUCGAAGCCCCGGUCACGGUGUGCGGCGACAUCCACGGACAGUUCUACGAUCUGAUGAAGCUGUUCGAGAUCGGCGGCUCGCCGGCGUCUACCAAGUAUCUCUUUCUCGGCGACUACGUCGACCGCGGCUACUUUAGUAUAGAGUGCGUACUGUAUCUGUGGGCGCUGAAGCUGUGCUACCCGACCACACUAUUUCUACUGCGAGGCAAUCACGAGUGUCGACAUCUAACGGAAUACUUUACCUUUAAGCAGGAGUGUAAGAUUAAGUACUCGGAACGGGUCUACGAUGCGUGCAUGGAUGCGUUCGACUGCUUGCCCCUGGCGGCACUAAUGAAUCAGCAAUUCCUCUGUGUUCACGGUGGCCUCUCGCCGGAGAUUCAGGAACUGGACGACAUCCGGAAGUUGGACAGAUUCAAAGAACCGCCGGCCUUCGGACCGAUGUGCGACCUGCUGUGGUCCGAUCCGCUGGAAGACUUCGGCAAUGAGAAGAACUCGGACUUUUACUCGCACAAUACGGUGCGCGGAUGUUCGUACUUCUACAGCUAUAAGGCGUGCUGUGAUUUCCUGCAGAACAACAAGCUCCUAUCGAUCAUUCGGGCGCACGAGGCGCAGGACGCUGGCUACCGUAUGUACCGCAAGAGCUCGACGACCGGUUUCCCCUCGCUAAUCACAAUCUUCUCCGCUCCGAACUAUCUGGAUGUCUACAACAACAAGGCCGCCGUGUUAAAGUACGAAAACAACGUCAUGAAUAUCCGGCAGUUCAACUGUUCGCCGCAUCCGUACUGGCUUCCAAACUUCAUGGACGUCUUCACCUGGUCGCUGCCCUUCGUCGGCGAGAAGGUCACCGAAAUGCUGGUUAACGUACUUAACAUCUGCUCCGACGACGAGCUGAUCUGCGAAGGCGACGACACCCUGGAGGAGGCGAACGCCCGCAAGGAGGUCAUCCGAAACAAGAUCCGCGCCAUCGGCAAGAUGGCCCGUGUCUUCUCCGUGCUGAGGGAAGAAUCCGAAUCGGUUCUGCAGCUGAAAGGACUCACGCCAACCGGUGCCCUGCCACUAGGCGCCCUCUCCGGUGGCAAGCAGUCCCUCCACAACGCCCUGCAAGGCUUCUCGCCCAACCACAAGAUCACGUCGUUCGCCGAAGCCAAGGGCCUGGACGCGAUCAAUGAGCGGAUGCCGCCGAGAAGGGACACCACGCCGACGCCCAGCGACGAGAAAUCCAUAUCGCUAACGGCGCCCAAAUAAUCAGUUACGUCAUAGUAGUCGUCGUCGUCGUCGCCGUCGUAACCAUAGGAACAGUGUUGAAAUUCAGCAGUUCAGCGCGAAAAGAGCAUAGCUACACGCCCACAUUCACAGUCACUCUCUCUCACUCACACACACACACACACCCUCACCCACAUGAAGCAUCCUCUCCCAAAAAAAUCACGUACGCACGCGCGAGCGCAUAUGCAUAUAAAAAGAAUAUUAUAAUUGAGAAGCUACUAAGAGGAAAACCAACACAAGAAGAAAACAACUAUUAUAAUAAAUUAUGGGAAAAAAUAAAGAAAAACUAACUUAAGGUGAAUCCAUCAUCAAUAUCUCAUUACCUUGGGAAAUUCAGACGCAAAGCAACACUACUACAACCACCACAAUCUGGAAAUACGAAACUGUCAAACAGUCAACGCCCUCCUUCUCUCUCACACACGCAUACGACGCGAACCCUAAUCGCAGUUCAAACUGCGUACGUGUACGUGCGCAUUUUCAGUUCUCCAUAGGCAAUCGAAGCAGGCGCAACGUUUUCGUUCUUUCGGCAACACGGCAUCCAUCCAUUUCCCUCCAACUGUUUGGUUGCCAUGGCAUUUUUCGCAUUUCCCACAGAAACAACAAACAAAUACAACCAAAACAGAUACAUUUGUUUCAUUCAUUGUGCUGCGGUGGGAAAGAAGAGGAGUGAAUCGAGAAUUUAGUCAAUACCUCUGCUCGGAAGAGGAUGAAUUUGAAUGAAUUUUUUGACACACAUUGCGGAAAUUUCUAUUCAAUCGAGUUGAGGAGGGUGCCGUGUUUCGCACGUUACUGGAAAUGAAUGUGUUGUGCUCGUUUUACCCCACUCUCUCAAACUUUUCUGAUAGAAAAUCCUUAAUUAUCCCCGAAGGGAAUGUAAAACAAUUCGCAUUUGUUAAAACUGAGCUGAUUUGAUUCACCGCUCGGUUCUGAAGUGUUUCCAAUUUCUCCGAUAUCCCCUGGUUCUUUGAACUUUGCCUGAAGUGGAAUGUAAUCGAUAAAGCAGCACCAACUUUUCAAAAAGUUGUCCAGAGAAUCUUGUGAAAACUGUUUGAACCACCGCACACCUGUCUAGACCAAGCUAUUGCUGUUUAUACUCUAGUUUCUAUAAUGUUUCGAAAAUUUCUCACGAGCAUUUGUUCGGGUACAAACGCGGUCGAUAAAGUAGAACUAUGCUGAAAUAAAUUUUACCGAAGAAACGAAUGAGCCUGGAUUACAUCGCCGUAUGGAUCUCCUGACUGAAAUAGAUCCAAUUUCACUCCGAUUGCCCUCGUAUCUUGAAAUAUUUCACAAGGAAUUCAACCCGGAGUGAAGCUUCGUCGAUAAAGAAGAACCAGUAUUGAAUAAAAUUGCCAGUACCUUUCAAAGUGAAUCAUUUAGUGUGUCCUUAUGGCGUACAGAAGUGCUAUAUGCUAUAUGCUGGUGGUUCCAUUUGAUUGUCCGAGUAGUCUUACUUAAAAUAUAUUCUACUUUAUCGACUGUUUCCUGUUGAGGCACAAAUACAUGUAAAGUAUUCAAAGAAAUGGAAAAAAUGGCAACAUUUCAGUCAAAAUCACCCUGCGGCAGCCCUCACCUCUUGAGUUCGAACUUCGGGCCAUUUUACCUUAGGAUGUUCCUACAUUAUCGAAUAGGUUACACUGCGAAAAGAAAUACGUGUAAUAUAUUCAAACAAUUAGAGAAAAUUGGGGUGAAAUAAGCAAUGAUUCAGUUUAGAGAGAGCCGUGUGAUGGCUCAAACAACUCCCAUUGAAUUCUCUGGUCAAUUUUACUUAGUCAUUAUCCUACUUUAUCGAACACGUCAGCCUCCGAGCACAAAUACGUGUAAAAAAAUCGAACCAAUAGGGGGCAGCAGGGUGAAAUAAGAAAAGGCCUCACAGUUAAGAGAACUGUAAGGCGAUCCAAACCACAUGCCACUCGUUUCUACGGGCAAUUUUCUCUUGGGAAAAUUUCUACGACCACGUUACAAUUCACAUCCGGAAAACGUGAGAAACUUUCAAAGACUUAGGGGAAAUUGGGAUAAAACCAGAAGAUGAAAAUCUUAAUUUACAGAAAAAAAAGAGAGAGUAGAGGUGUAAAACGAGUUCGGCACAGUAGACGUUCGAUAACUGCAACAUGUUUACGUUUCACUUAGCGAAUGAAAUUCGAUAACUGCAAAUACGGACAGACGUCAAAGAACUGUCAGUUGCUGCAGAAUGUAGCCAAUGUGCUUACGGAAAACAUCGCACUGCAACAAAAGUGCAUGCGAAAAAUAUCGUGCAUCGCUGUUGACAUUUCGAUUUGACGGAUAGCGGUGCAAUAACUGCAAAAUUGUUGCACUUAGUGGACUUGCAGUUAAAAAGCAUUGCAGUUAAAGCGUUUGCACCGAGCGAACGUCUACUGUACAUUCAAUUUCAGCAUUGUGCGGCACGUGAAACUCUCUGCAUCUGAUUCCUUAAAUUUCAUCCACUUCGGGCAAAGACAUUGAAUUGAUUCCCAUUUUAUUACUCUUUUUUUCUACUGUGCAUUGAUGGUGAUCAGAAGGCAGCGGAGAAAGAUGCUUAUUUUCUCCCAAAAGAGAGAGCGAGAAAGAGAGAAAUGGUUCAAGUAACAGAGAAGAACAAAUAUAUUAUUAAUCGAGAAUUAUUGUUGAUGUUUUCUAGCUAAACCAAAACAAACAAAGCAACCCAAUACAAGCAAAAUCGGUGGAAAGAGAGAGGGAGAGAAAGAGAUAGGAUUGUUGAGCAACCCCCGUUACGACGUUAGGCUUGUGUUACAGAGAGGGAAACAGAUACAAUUUUGUAUUUGUCCGAAUUAUAACUUUUGUCAGAAAACAAAAAUCCUUAAAACAUAAUCAUCGGAUUUGAUUGAAAUGCAAUGGAUCGAACAACGCACACACACAAAUCAAUAGAGGAGAAAAUCAUACUAGAUGUCAACAGUUCGACGCGUCAUCGUGUAAACACGACAAAUUUAACCUUGAAAAUUUUAUUCACUUUCUAACCACAACAACAACAAGUACUCUGUCCGGUUUCUCAAAUUCCACUAGAAUAAACUAAUAUUUUAUCAGAAGAAAAAAAUUAAAACAAACUAAUAGACAACCAGCGCUUGAACUAUCAUUCUCAAUCUGUCAUCACCAUAUGUCACAAACACACACGUCUCACAUCUCGCAGAGCCUACUGUAAUUGCUCCCCUUCAACCAAAAAGUAAACAUAACCCCUAAUUACCACAGAAAAUUCCGCAGAACUUGAGCGACUUCAUAUACGGAAAGCGACGCUGCUGGGGCCGAAAAAAGGCGGAGAAGAAGAAGCAAAAGAAGAACAUGUAUGCAUUGUAACUAAUCAAACACUCUCAUUUUUGACAUGUGAUUAAAUAUUGUUUUUACUGUUUUUCUUACUAUUAUUUAUAUGACAAACGACACGCGAAUUUAUCCCAAGCAGGAAAGUUCCCACACACAUACAUACACACGAAAAACAGACACGUAUACAUCACACAAACCGUUCCUUCCUUCCUUCCUUCAUUACCAGACGACUAAGUGAAACAAAAGAAAGAAAAAAAUGUUGAAGAAAAUUGAUUGGAACAAGCUUAACACUAAUCAAGUAAGGGUAACAAAUAUAAAUAUAUUUAACAGGUGACGAGAAAACAGGACGAAGAAAGCAAAUCGGUAGAUAAACAAAACAAAAAAAACACAGUUUAGAAAGAAGUACGCGAGAAUGAGUCGAGCGUCUGAUGCAGGAGCGAGGAGGUAACAGAAGAAAAAAAACUGAGAAUGAAGAAGAAAAAACAGUAAAACAAGUUAAGUCGUAAGUGUAUAAUUGAUUAAUGAUUAAGUAAAUUAAUUUAACUGAUUAUGAAGCUGACGCAGAAGGUAGUAGAAUCAAGAGCGAAAAAAACCUAGAGUCGAAUGAAAGGCGAGAAUUAAAUUUAAAAAACAAACAAACAGAAAAAAAAUAUAACAAAAGAGGAGUAAUUAUUGUCAUAUUAUUAAAUCUAUUGCGAUCAUUGAGAAAAAAACAACAACAACAAGAGGAAAAGAAAAACAAAACAAACAAGAAUCUUAUAUAGAAGCAUUGAAUUCAAAAACAAAAAUUGUGCAUCAGCAGAACACACAAAAAAACACUAUGAAAAACUGAAGCAAAUAGCGCGGAAAGAACGUGAAACAUUUUCAUUAUUUUAAAAACAAUUCUCUUAAUUGAAAUAGUAAUAUAGCUCAUUAAGACAAGAAGAAAAAAACAAAAACAUCAUUGUGUAAGCAAAACAAAAACAAAAGAUAGAAGAUUAAUAAGUGAAUAAAAAAAACUUCCCUUCCCGUGUUAAUAAAAACAACAUUUGCGUGCGCUUUUCUCAUCAUUAAAACUAAAAUCGACGAGUUAAUAACCUUUAAACGAAAUGAAAGAGAAAAAAACACAAACAAGCAAAAAACCUUUAAAAAACUACUUCUUUUUUUACUUAAAUCCUGGUUGGAAUUUCUGUACGACUAAGUUUUACGCAUUAUUUGUAAUAUUUUUAUUCACCUGUUGUUAUACUAGUAAUAAAAACGGAAUAUUUAUGUUUAAAGCUAGAUCUUUUUCGAGUAUGAGAUGAGAAAAGAGAAACAUUGUUAUAGUGUAAUUUAAUGUAAACAAACAAGCAGAGUAAAAAAAAUCACAGAACAUAAUUAACAACCUCCCUCCCCAUUUUCAAUGUUUCGUUACACACAAGAAUGCAGGAAAAUGAAAGAAGAAAAAUCACUCUGAAGUAAUAACGUAACCGCAAUCCGAACUACGCUAAAGUAAACAAAAACUAAAAACAAAAGAAAUCAAUUUUUAUACCACACUUUCUUCUAAGACACUCAUAUGAACCAUACGAAUCAAUGAAUCAACUAUUAAGCUGAAAAGAGAGAUAACAAACAAAAAAACUAAACCGCAGUCGCAAAACCUUACCAAGUUUUUUCGGAUUCACACAACAACCUGUCUCUCAGCAGAACAACUCUGUCAUCAAACAACUCUUCUUAUAAGAAAACCAAGUAAUAAAAGUUAAAAUUUGUUCUUCUAUUCUAAAAACAAAGCAAGCGUGUCGUGUUUUUGUUUUAUUUCCGUUGGUCAAAACUCCUUCCACCACCACCACCACCACCACCAUUCAGUUUUACGGACUUACUCGCACACACAGACAUACGAACAUGCAUACAUAUACACAGACAGAUAGACAGACGGACGCUUUUAUAUAUACGGUCACUGUCAAACGACACAGAUUAUACGUCAGAUCCCGAUUUAUUGUUGCCGCAAUUUACGCUUAUGGUGCUGCAAGCCAAUCGAAAUCGCUGCGUACCAAGUGCAAUGUUUACAAACAAUCGUCUGUUAACUUCUAGAACUGUCACAAUUUGAUGUACAUGUCAGCUCAACAGACGAUUGUUGUGUCAACAGAAAUAUUGUUUAUGUUUGCUUUCUUAUAGGUGACAAAGAAAUGUUGUGACAGUUCCCAUAACUCACAUAGGAAUGUUUGUCAACAUUGAACUAAUACGGAGGGAUUUGCGUUGGUCUAUGCACACAUAUUUGAGAACGAAACAAUGAACGAAAGAAGCUUAUGAAUAGGUCACGAUAUGUGGAUUUUUUGCUCCGGAUCUCAUAGGCUGCACUGCAAUAUCUAACUAGUUGACAGUGUUUGAGUGGUGACAGAUAGCUACCUAAUACAGUAGACGUUCGCUCGGUGCAAGCGAAUGCAAUGAUUUUCAACUGCAAGUCCGCUAAGUUCAUUAAUUUUGCAGUUAUCGCACCGCUAUCCGUCAAAAUUAAAUGUCAAUAGCGGUGCUAUGUAUUUGCAUGCACUUUCGUUCGAAUGCGAUGUUUUCAGAAUGCACAUUGACUGCAUACUGCAGCAAAUAACAGUACUUUGACGUCUGUCAGUUGUGAAAAGUAGUAUUACAGUUAUCUAACACAUCUCCUGUAUGCAGUAGUGUUCGCUCGGUGCAAACGGUUUAACUGCAAUGCUUUUUAAGCGCAAGCCCGCAAAGUGCAACAAUUUUGCAAUUAUCGCACCGUUAAGCUAGUAUGACACUCUUUGACCAAUGACAAAUAUUUGACCACUUUUGACAGUUAAAUUUUGACCAAGGUGUACCUGGCAAACAAAAAUAUUUGUCACUUUCGAAAAACGAAUAGGGACAAACAGAGCCAAACCACCUGCCAAAAUUUAUCUGUCAAAACUGGUCAAAUAUUUGGCGUCUAGGCAAAGAGUGUAAUAGCACCCUUACCGUUCAAAACGAAAUGCCAACAGCGAAGCGAUGUUUUUCGCAUGCACUGUUGUCGCAGUGCGAUGUUCUCCGAACGCACUUUGGCAGCAUUCUGCAAAAACUGACAGUUCUUUAGAGUGUGUCAGUUGUAGCAGUUAUUGAAUUUCAUUCGCUAAGUGAAACGUAAACAUGUUACAGUUACAAAACGUCUACUGUCCGUUAAAAAAUGUUUCCCAAUAACUUUAACGAUUUACACAGUUAUUAUACUACCACGAACGCUUUAAUUGAGGAAUGAAAACAAAAACAACGACGGAUCAAAUUACACGUUUAAAUCGUCCUUUAAAAAAAACCAUCAUUUAGACAGGAUUUUGAUGACUUUAACUUUUCUAAUCCUAGAAUCGUGAAGGCGUGCAAACAAGACAUUUUUUCACGAUGAAAACAAUUUUUUGAUAGUGUUUGUGGUCUUGUACCGACUAUUCGAACCCUCUAGCGGGCGAAAUUGAAAGGCACAAAACUGAGUACAGUAGACGUUCACUCGGUGCAAACGGUUUAACUGCAAUGCUGUUUAAGCACAAGUUCGCUAAGUGCAACCAUUUUGCCGUUAUCGCACCGCUAUCCGUCAAAAUCAAAUGUCAACAGCGAUGCGAUGUUAUUCGCAUGCACUUUUGUUGCAGUGCGAUGUUUUUUGAAUGCACUUUGGCUGCAUUCUGCAACGACUGACAGUUCUUUGACGUCUGUCAUUUGUUGCAGUUAUCGAAUUUCAUUCGGUAAGUGAAACCGUAAACACGUUGGAGUUAUCGAUCGUCUACUGUGUACUCAUACGUAUAGUGUUCGUAGGUAAGAUGUCAGCUAUUUCUAUAAAACGAAGCCUAAAAUUCCAGCAUUUUACGAGCGCUAAUAGAAUUUAGCACUUAAGAAUAGAUUGACAUUUACCUUUGAGUUGCUUGACAGCUGAUCGUAAGGAUCGAUCAUCCAUCUUGACGAUUAACUGUCAAACGACACAUGUCAGAUGUCAGCUCGUUUUUUUCCCUGCCAGAAAAUGAGAAAAAAAUUUGGCAGCACAUGUGCUCGCAAAAUGCUGGAUAAUUUUCAUCAAAUCCUACGAUUUGAUCGAUAAACGGUACGUUUGAAUGGCAAAUUGCAAUUUAUUUUAUUAUUACUUUCGUAAAAUCUACCGUCUAACCCCGCUUAUACGACACUUUUUGAUUCGUACACGCAGAAAAAUGACGCUUGUUUGAAACAAUAAAACGCUUGGUUGAUUUUCAAACUGAGAAUUUACUUAUACCAAGGUUAUAUUUCUCUGUUCUUACUCAGAGUUUAUCGAUUAAAACAAUCAAUCACCAUUAUUUCAUACAACGUUAGAAACUUCAUUUGUUUCUACAAAAUGGGUACCACAAACAUGGCCUGGAAGCACUCACACAUCUUUGAAAAACUUACCCCAACUUCGCCACAACGAGGAAGGUGUAGCAAAUCCAUCACUGCAACUUCCAAGUGCAGUUUUGGCCGUGAUGGAUAACGCGCAGGUACUAAAGACAGCAUUCGCAAAAAAAGUUGGUCGGUUUCGCCUUUUUGUCUCUUUUUAUUCGAUCUCCUUUCCAUCCGCUUGCCGAGCGUCUAAAAGUAGGUUUUCGAGCUGCCGCAGGAGCUGCCGUCACCAACACAAUCACAUUCCGGCUUUGUUAAUAGCAAAAGUGCAGUCGUUUGAAACAAACCGUUAUUUUAUAUUGAAUCUACAAAAAUCUCUGUUUGUUUUAACAAACUGCCAAAAAUUUCGACAAAUGAAAAUAUUUGUAUUAUCAAACACUGGAACAGUUCAGUUUAGACAUGAAAUUAGAUUAUCGCUAUAGUAAACUGAAAAAUUGGUUGAUUUGAACUAGAUUUUAAUUGUGUUUACAAUUUAUUUCUCUGCGUGUACCAAGUUCAUUCAACAUUUAUCGAAUGAAAAAAUGCUCAGUUCUCACUGCAACGCACACAUUUGAUAGAGCUACUUUUCUUCUAGUCGCAGCUUGCUUAAGUUUUGCGUUACUAGACACUCGAUUUGAGUUUAACAACAAACCCAAAGUUUCCAAAUUACAAUGCGGAAGACUGUGCAGGGUAACGAACAGUUUGUCGGAUAACAACGUUACUCCAAUGGCUCGACAACAAUGUUUGUCAUAUAAGCGGGGUAGAAUGAAAGAAUUAUAUGCUGGAUGAAGAGAGCAAUGCAAUCCGACAUAGUCAAUUUUACGAGACAAUUUGACAGGAGGUGGCAUACUAACACGUAAAAAUCAAUCACUAUUGAGGUUUCGUAAAAGGCCUGAUUUUACGAGCACUAGUCUCCACCACAAUUAUUCUCCCUUUCCGACAGGGAUCGAAUCAGUUGACAUCUACACCGUCUACCCUCGUUGCUUUGACCGCAUCUAAUCUGAACACUUUUUAGUUUGACCCCCGCUUAUCUGCACAUCGUUCAAACUAAAGCAUUCAGUACACGUUUGGCCAAUAUGCGCAAAUAUUUGGCUAUUUGACGUAUCAGACGUUAGCAGACGUUUGCCGUUUGGCUAUUAUUUGUCAAUGGUCAGUACACGUAUGACAAACAAUUGGCAAACUCACAUUUGCACGUGUUUGCCACUCGAGUUUGAUCGGAGUUGCAAACAUGACCAAAUAUUUGCUAGAUUGCCGUACUUGAAAGGUGCUCAAUUUGUAAUAUUAGCAAAUAUUCGCCGUGACAAAGUUAGGCAAAUAUUUGCACAACAAUGUUAUUGCAAAUUUAUUUGGUCAGUACACGCAUGACAAAUAAAUUUGUCAAAUUUUGCCAAAUAUUUGCGCACUUGGCAAAGCGUGUACUGAAGGCUUAAAAAUGGUUCAAACGUCAUUAUGCUCAUGGAACGGAGUGAAAGGGAACGCAGAAUCAAAACAAAACAGCAAAAAGGGUUACCAUCAGUCUGUUUUUCGAUGCCCACAGGUAACUAGAAAAAUGAACCCCGUUGGUUUGCAUGAGGUGUCGUUCAAACCAACGGGGGUAGACGGUACUCGCACGAAUAGCAGUUCCUCUUGCAGCUGCUACUUCCGGAAGUUCAGAGUUGGUGUUAAGUCACCUGAACCACCUGGAGAUCAACCAGAAUGAACACCGGAAGCCAACAGUUGUGGAAAGAACAAGCUUUCAAUUCGUUCCACCACAAUAACUGUUGGAUUUGUAUUCAAUAACAAAUUUGACAAUCAAAACAAAAACAGAAUUGCCAAAUUGCAUUGAACAAGGUUGUGUAGGGUGACCAGAUUGUCAAAUUAAAAGUUUACCUCGCUAAUUCGACUCAAUCAUUGUUAAAUUAGCGGGGAUUACCGGUAGUAUUCGUUCGCUAGUUGCACCAUAUAUAAAUUGCAACGAGCGAAUGCUAUUCGCUAAAUUCAACGUCAUUUUGACACAUCGGGGUUGCACUGCCAGCAUGACUGACAGCACGAAGUUCACAUUUUAACUUUUUUAUUACCACAACUUGUCAAAUUCUCCAGUUAAUCGCUACAGUUUAUGUCGUUUGACAGUUGACGGUUUAAAAUCAGUCAUAAACUAAACUAGACUGUGAUGCUUCUUGUCGCUUGUAAAAUGGAGAGCUCUUGCGUAAACAUUUGUUGCCUUUCGUCUUCUACUCAUUUUGGCAUUUUAUCUUACAAGAUUUUCAAUCACAGAUCUUAACAACAUCAUACAGUAGAUCGUCGAUGAUUGCAACAUGUUUACGUUAUACUUACCCAAUUUCAUUUCCUGCCUGCAAACAUGUUAGCUGAUACAGAAUGCAAUUAUAGUGCAUGGAAUACAACAAGAUCCAGGCACAUCCAAGCAUCAAUGCGUAAAUAGGCAGUUCAGCGAGCUUUAUCCGAAUAAAUCCAAGAUUCACGCUUAUGGCGACUUCACUGUACAGUGGACGUUCGAUAACUGCAACGUAUUCACGUUUCAUUUAUCAAUUGAAAUGCAAUAACUGCCACAACUGGCAGACGUCAAAAAACUGUCAGUUGCUACAGAAUGCAGUCAAUGUGCAUUCGGAAAACAUCGCAUUGUAACAAUGGACUUAUCCACGGUCUUCUUUUUCCUCUGGAUUGCUUCUUCUUUGCAUUUGUGCGGGCAUGACAUAUUCAUGAACAUCCAGCGACCGAAAGUUCACUGGAUGUUCACCGGAUCUCGCCGGAUACAAGAUGUGAGCAGUGAUUUUAGUAAACACUACCCGCAGUUACCGUUUCACAGCAUGCUGUCAGUUGGCUUGUGACGUCAUCGUGGAUAAGUUCAUAGAGCAUGCGAAAAACAUCGCAUCACUGUUGACAUUUGAUUUUGACGGAUAGCGAUGCAAUAACUGCAGAAUAGUUGCACUUGGCUGACUAGCAGUUAAAAAGCAUUGCAGUUAAAGCGUUUGCACCGAGCGAACGUCUACUGUACCAGUAUCCAGCUUGUUGUCACGACCGCUUAUAAUUGCUACGAUCAUUCACAAGCUCACUAGCGCCGCCUAGUAGCAGAAUUUCGAAACAAGUUUUAUGUGAAUCUAUGCCAUACAUUAAGCUUACUUUCAAAUAGGCCUUUUAAAGUGACAGGUUCGCGAUUGUUUACAACUGUAAAACUGUUUCAUACAUGAGCCUGUCAUUUCCAUAGAAGAACACUGUCAAAUAGCUACAAAAUCAGCUGAUCAUGCGCUCAGCAAUGGUUUGUGUCGGUUGACAACUUACAUAACGUUUAAGGUGAAACAUUUGGGACUACAAACAUCCCAAGAAACAUAACUAGCUGAAUAACAUUUUCUUCAGCUAAAGAUUGCUUACAAGUGGUUUUGUUCCACUCUUGUACAGCAAAAAUAUUUGUUGAGGAGGCUGCCAUAAUGGCCAACAUGAACCCAUACUCAGGUUUUAACAGCACUAAUCUGGAAACUUGAAAAUAGACACGCCUGAUUUGGAUUAUCUGCCUCUUUUUGCAAGUGAGCAAAGCCAGAAAAAACGAAUGCAGCAUUGUUUGAUGCUUCUUUUGUCAGAUUUGUGCCCCUAAAUAUGGAUAGAUGCAAAAUUGAUACUGAAUUUUUUGACGUUUCUCCUCCAGUACCAAGCGAAAGAAACGAUUGAUCCCUCACAAUUAGGUCCAUAAAAAUUUCUGUAAAAUCAUCUUGAAUAGGCCUUUUCAUGUGACAGGUCCAUUUGUUUACAAAUGUAGGGCAUCAAAUACAUACACUGUUUUAAAGCUUACGGUGAAAAGACCCAUAGCCAAACGCUGUCACUACUAAAAAUGCUGAGGGCCGAUGAUAAAAAAUUACCCUGAUAAUGUAGUGUUUAGCACGCAUGUUUUUCAUACCGUAAACCAUGGAUGCGUCAUUUUAUUUGACGUCUCAAACCAGUUGAUUUUUCGGGUCUUUGACAGUCCGUGUUAGCAGCUUUGUAAACAAAUGCAUACACAGAUUUGGUACAUGAAAAGGCCUAUUCUCGAUUCCGAUAGAGUUGCUAAAAUUUUUCGCGAGAAAAUUCGUUGGUUCCGAGUCCGUCGGCUGAAGAUCUCGUAAAAAGGCCCAUUUAUUUGACGGGUGUGCUCAUUCUACGAGUGGGAUGACGGGACCCAUCUAGACUCGCAUAUCGAGGUGAGGAAUCUCGACCCGAGUGAAGUGACUCGCCGUGUCAAUCAAAUUGAAAGUCACCUCAUCCGAGUCGAGAUUUCUCACCUCGAUAUGUGAGUCUAGAUGGGUCACGUCACCACACUCGUAGAAUAAGCACAAGGCUUGAUUAUUCGAAGAAUGAUACAAACACAAGUCUGUCAUUUUCGUAGGAAAACUGAUUUUAAAUGUCUUUUGCACAGAUCUAUACAACCACUUAGACCCGUUCACAGAGAAAGGAAAAAUCUCUAACCUGCAAUCGCAGAACACACUCAAACAAAUCGUCAGAUAAAAUUGAUUAAGAAAAGGCUUUUUCAUAAUCUUUCGAUCUUUCGAUGCAUUUAACAACUUCCAAAGCUUUGUGUUUCAGUAGAAGUGGAUUAAACACCCAAUUGAUGAUUUCCAAGUCGAAAUUCACAUACAAAAAAAAAACAUGAAACAGACUUAUUUUUACACAGCGUUCACUACACCGAACAUAACUCCGACAGUCCUUAUCAUUUGUCUCGUUUUUUCGCUCUUCUCUCUCAUCUCCACUUCGUAUCAUUCGUCCGACACUCUCUGCACCGUUUUCAUUACUCUCCGCCAUCGUUGUUCUCUCCUACUGCGCUCUUCCACUUCCUCGGUCGUCCAUCCGUUUACCUACACUACUGGAAAGAAACUCCAACCAGGGUUUUGAAAAGUCGCAGAUUUUUUUUCAGCUCCCUCCGGUUAGUUAGUCGUUGGUUGCCACUUAUGGAAAACAUCAGUAUUGCCAGUUAGUUUUUUUGUUUAUGUUUUUGCGAUACGAGGAAAAACCCGUUUUUUACGCGAGAUUCAUGAAAAAAAAAGAAAAGCAACCAAAACGAACAAACUUUGUGGAGAUUGGAAAACCGAAAACCCAAAAUGACGUUUAACGUUAACUAAUUGAAAGAUUAUCCUGUGCAGUGUGUACUUUUAGGUGUAAAAUUUCUUUCAAAUAUUUUUAUUGAGACAAAACCGUAAACAAGGAUCGUGUGUGUAAAGAAAACCAACCCAGUUCUGCUAGUUAAGCAAAAGUUCGCGAAAAUCUUCGAUUGAAGGAAUAACUGCUAAUAAAAAGGUUUAAAACUUACGAUAGUUAUUAUUAAUAAUUGAAUACAUUGAUAGUAAGGAAGUAAACACAAAACCACACACACAAAAUUAAACCUUUCUAAACUUUACACUCUAGUUAAAGAAUUAUAAAAAGCAAAGCAAGAAAAAAAUAAAGGGAAAACUUGUUAAACAAUGAUUCUAAUUCAUCUCUAGCUGUGACUUCAUCAUUUUAUCAUUGAAAAUGACGUUACAAGAAUGUCUUAUUUUAAACCCACUCACUAAGAGAAAAACAAAGCUAUUCUCUAUUUUCCUCUAGUAUAAAAAAUCCAAACCGAAAUUUUCACUGCAGCUUUGUGAAAGCAAGACGCAAAACUGGCGUCAAACUAAUCACAGAAAUAAACAGAUCAGCAACUUGUUGUUAAACUAAAUUGUUAAUCCAUUAAUCCAAGUAGAAGAACCCAUGUAAAAAAAACACAACACCCACAAACAAUAACCAAUCGCUAGAAUAAUCAUGGCUUACUGUGAAAAUAAGAGAGAUAACAGAAAACUUACGUUUCCGCUCAGAAGACGCUUUCGUUCGAAGUGUGCAAAAGAUCAUAGUACUUUUACCAAUUGAAACUAAAAGCAAAUACUAACGUAUAAAAAUUUUCCUUUGUAAGAAUCACUCGAUAACAACAACUAACAAAACAAGCAAACAAACAAAGCAAGCAUGCGAACACGUGUUAAUGACAAAUCUUUAGCCAAGAGACAAGAUACAAAAACAGUACCGUUAUAUAUAAAGCAAAGAUGAAAGCAAAGACUAAUCGCAAUGCAGGCUGGCUAUCAAUGUUUCUGUAACAAAAUUACAAACACACACACUCACACACCUACAUAUGAAAACAUUUUGGACACUGAUGCAGUGAAGUUUUGCAAACAAAGCACCCAACAAUAAACAAUGACAGUUCGUUUGAAUCCCCGUCGUUCGCUUCACUUGAUCAAAGCAGACAAGAAGCAAAAACACUGAACCGAAUUGCCGGCUAGCAAACCAAGUAAUUGUUAUCGAAUAUAUCGAAUAUAAACAAGCACUAGUAAACAAUCGAGAUAAUGGAACAACUGCACCUCUUCAAAACUAUAAACGAGCAAAUUGAGCAACACGUAACAGUUCCACAGCUGAAUAACACUUACCAAUUACAAGUAGUUUGAUUCUUCCAGAAGCAAAAUGGAGUACGCAAAAAGAACAAUGAAUUUAACCACACACCCGACACACCAUCAAACACACAGAAAACAACAAAAAAACACGUUAAAGCAGCUUGCACCAUGUCGAGAGUUCAUCCACGCGAUUCGUGACACCCUCCUAUUGCACACUCACACACUGACGCCUUCGAAGCUUCGCAUGCCUCCUGUUCUCACUAUAGUACACUAAUACUCUUCCACUUCCUCCAUUCGGCACCCCUACGAUUGAAUGCACUCGCACGCACAUACACUCUCUCUCUCUCUCUUUCACUCACGUUGCUCUUUCUAUUGUUUUCGCUUGGCGUACUUUCUUCGUUGUAGGUGUCCAAACUCUCAUUCAACACCUUCCUCCACCAUUCUUCCUUGACUACUUUACCACUUCCCCUCGUUCACCCUCCACCCCCCUUGAUCUCGCAUGUUGAAUUCUUCUAUUCGUCGCCAUUAUGAAAAAAAAUAUAUAUGUAUAUGUAUAGGAGUGUAUAGGAAUUUAACAGAAGAAAAGAGAACCUUUUUUUGGAUUUUUGACAACACAAGAGCAUCAACAAACAACCAACGCAACGGUGGCUAGCAGGUUCAAAAUGAUCCCCCGUGCCCGUUACGUUCUUGAUUGUCCCUUGACCCUCCCCCCCGUCGUCCCCCUAAAAACCCCACCUCCCCCCAAAUCCCAAUUGUUACGGUUUGCGAUUGUGUUCCCUCGGAAAAGGGUCUUUGGAGUGAUCCACACCGACAAAUGUUUCGUUUUCAAAAGUUCGUUUUGUUUUUGUUCGUUCGUCUGCGAAAAAAGAGUUUAAAAACAAAAUAGAAAGGCAAUUCUUGACACGAUGGAAACACUAUCAGUUAUUGAACUGACACUGACCCACACAGAGAAAAAAAAACAACAGUCGCAUGAAGAAAACAAAAUCGCAUUUGCAAAAUAGUCGGACUUUGGAAAAGAACGGAAAAAUACAGUUGAACACACACAACCACAAUCUUACAGACAGACGACCCACACAAACACACCGAGUGGGUGGGACGAGUUAAAAGAGGAAAAAAAGUCAGAAAGAAGGAAAAAAGAGGACAAGAGAAAAAACCAUGGAAAUUAUUAUACAUUAUAUGAAUGAAUUUUUGAUAAUCUAAUUAUAUGUAUUUUUGAAUUGUAUUUUAUCGUGGAGUAAAAAAUAAUAUGUACCUAUGAUUAAAGACAGAAAAAUAAAAAAAUCUACUAAAACAUUC